AUAAGAUUAGUUUUCAGACAGGAAAGUCUAUCUCACUUUUUUCUCCACCAUGUCUGCAGCAGCUGCGACUGCAUUCCAAUCUUCCCUAUGCAUCUCUUCUCAGAAACCCUCAUUUUCUCCCACAAAUUCCCAAGAACCAAACACUCAUUUACCAUCCAAACCCAAAAGCCUCCUCCACAAACACCCACUCUACUCAUCAGCUCACCAUAAUCUCUCCCUUCAAAUCAAGGAGAAAAUCUUAUGCCUUGAAAUCAUGGGCAUUGACUCAGGUAAAGCCCUCUCUCUCAAUCCCUCCCUUCACACCACUUCCCUUGAUUCCCUCAAUUCCAUCAUCUCGUUCCUCCAAUCUAAAGGCAUUCACCAAAAGGACUUCCCUAGAAUCUUUGGUAUGUGCCCCCGAAUCCUAACCUCUAACAUCAAAACUGAGCUUGGCCCAGUUUUCAGUUUCCUCUCCCAAGACCUUAAUGUCCCUGAAAAUAACUAUAGGAAGGUCAUUAACAAGUGUCCCAGGUUGCUCACUUCAAGUGUCAGAGACCAGUUGAAACCAGCUUUAUUCUAUCUCCAAAGGCUUGGGUUUAAAGAUUUAGAGGCUUUGGCUUAUCAAGACCCUGUCUUGCUGGUUUCAAGUGUGGAACAUACCUUAAUACCCAAACUCAAGUUCUUGGAAAGCAUAGGGUUUUCAACCAGUGAAGCUAAAAGUAUGGUGUUGAGGUGCCCAGGGUUGUUCACUUUCAGCAUAGAAAACAACUACAAGCCCAAAUUCGAGUACUUUAAAGAGGAGAUGAAUGGGGAUUUGGAGGACUUGAAAGCAUUCCCUCAGUUCUUUGCUUUUAGUUUGGAGAAGAGGAUAAAACCAAGGCAUAUUGAAACCAUAACAAGUGGGGUUAAGUUGCCUUUGGCUAACAUGCUAAAAAGCACUGAUGAUGAGUUUAAAGAGUUGCUGAGAAACAAUGGGCCAAAUAGCUGAUGAUCAUAUAUGUAAUUCUCUUCUUUAUGAACUUUGAUAUGUAAAGUUGGCAGUGUCAAUGCUUUUGUAAAGGAAAAAACCCAAAGUAGUAAGAUAUUCCAUUAACUAUU